GGUAUCGGUACGUAAGUGUGGGCAUCUAAACCAUGUUAGUAUCGUACAUAACCAAAACCAGGAGGCAGGAACAUCCCUUAAAAACAGCCGUUUAGAUGGUCUGUCUUACCAAAUCGUUCAGCACGGAGCAAACUAUGGAUGCCGUAGUCGUGAAGUCAGCACCGGGCGGAGUGAGAGAGGCCGGCGGGCGGGGGUUGAGGCAGGCCCGCAGACGGAAGGCGCUCGGCCCGGUGGUUAGAGCCGGGCAUGUGGUGUUGUGCGUGGUGACCGUAGCGAACCUGGGGAUCGCGGUGUUUAACAUGGUGACCAUACAGCUGCUGUGGCAGGCGCGCACAGCCGGGGCAGGGGGGCAGGAGAACGGCACAGGUGUGACGCCAGGUGUCACAGCAGCACAGACUAGCGAUGGGGGAAGGAACUGCAGCAAAGACUGUCUCCAAUGGCAACGGGCGGACGUUCUGCAGAGCAACAGCAGUUUCCACGUACCUGUGGCGCACCUAGCGGGGCUGACGGGACUGCAGGAGCCGCCUAGUCAAGCAGGCUCCAUCUCCACUAUUCGCGACUGGCAAGUGGACCCCGGCGGUUCGUCGGCCUGGGCGCACGGCAUGGACGUCACCUCCCGCCAAAAUAUAGUCGUACCGCUCACGGGAUACUACUACGUCUACAACCAGCUGCAGUUCCGGCAAACCUCACAAGGCGGCGCCGAUGAGCAGACCCUCCACCUCACCCAUAUCGUGUUACGGCAAAGCGGCUCCUCGGCCGUAGCAUCGAGGCUUCUGAUUGGACGCGCCACCAAGAAGGUUUCCUCCCAAGACGGCUCUUGGUACCGCACGUCUUACGUGGGCGGAGUCUUCCUCCUCAAGGCAGGAGACGUCUUAUAUGUGGAUGUGACGAACUUUGACAAGGUGAACCCACAGGAGUCAGGGACAUACUUCGGGGCUUACCUUGUGUCUCUGUAAGAACUGUAGAGCUUUAGGCCACUCAAGUUCAAAUUCCUUCUUCCUACAACUGCCAUAGACUGGAGCUUUUCGCCACCAAGUACAACAGAAGUAGCCUCUACCAGGCUCCGUGGAUCGGUAGAAUCAUUAUCCUCAGUCACCAC